GAAGGAAUCAUGACUUCUCUAAUGAAGGAAUUCACCAACUACACGGGACAUGAAGUCAAAGAACAUCUCUUUUCAUCAAGAACUAUUAUUAUUUGCAGCUUUUUGAUUCAGUUUUCCUUUUACCCAGUCAACAAUUCCAUUUGUGUUACUCUUUCCCACACGGAAUUAAAACCCAAUGAGUCUGUCUUUACUAUCCCUUCCCCUCCUUCCCUUUGAAAACGUAUUUAAACAGACAUAAACAUUCUAAACUCCCAAGCUUUCUUCAACUCUCUCUACAUCUCCUUAUUCAAUACUACCCAGUUCAUCUCUUUCCAUCUGAGUAUUAAAUCGAGGUAGUGGAUAUGGCCGGAGACACUACCACUACGGUCAGUCGGUCUCUGGAGAAUACUCCGACAUGGGCCGUAGCCGCGGUCUGUUUCGUGUUGGUUCUUGUCUCUCUUAUCAUCGAGGAAAUCAUUCAUUUAAUCGGAAAGUGGUUGAUGCGUAAACAAAAACGAGGUCUCUAUGAAGCAUUGGAAAAGAUCAAAUCAGAGCUGAUGCUGCUAGGGUUUAUAUCUUUGCUGCUAACGGUUCUCCAAACAUCAAUUUCGAAGAUUUGCGUCUCAGAGAAAGCUGGAAAUUCUUGGAGUCCAUGUAGUACUACAGUCGAAGUGAGUACAACGACCAAAUUAGGGGUUGUUUCAGGGGAUCAUAGCCGGAGACUUCUCUCGUUUCUUGACUCCGAUGAAGGUUUCCGGCGGAUUUUAGCUGCAACAACUGGGGAGUCAUGCGCAACAGGAAAAGUUGCUUUGAUUUCUUAUGAAGCAAUUCACCAACUUCAUGUCUUCAUCUUUGUGUUAGCUGUUUUCCAUGUCAUCCAUUGUAUUACUACAAUGGCUUUGGGUAGAAUGAAGAUGAAAAGCUGGAAGAAGUGGGAAAAGGAAACACAGACAGCUGAAUAUCAGUUCUCACAUGAUCCAGAUAGGUUCAGGUUUGCAAGGGAUACAUCAUUUGGUAGAAGGCACUUAAACUUUUGGAGUGAGAAGCCUAUUCUCCUCUGGAUUUUUUGCUUCUUCAGACAAUUCUUUAGAUCAGUUACAAAAGUGGAUUACCUGACCCUACGCCAUGGCUUUAUCAUGGCCCAUUUGGCACCUCAAAGCCAAAACAAUUUCAAUUUUCAGAAAUACAUCAACCGAUCACUUGAAGAAGAUUUCAAGGUUGUCGUUGGUAUCAGUCCAAUAAUCUGGUUCUUCGCGGUGGUAUUCCUAUUAUUCAAUACCCAUGGCUGGUAUUCUUACCUAUGGCUGCCAUUUAUCCCGUUGGUUAUCCUUCUAUUGGUGGGGACAAAGUUACAAGUGAUCAUAACGAAAAUGGGGUUGAAGAUUCAAGAUAGAGCAGAGGUCGUGAAGGGCACCCCCGUGGUUGAACCCGGUGAUGACCUCUUCUGGUUCAACCGCCCUCGCCUUGUUCUCUAUCUCAUCCACUUCGUUCUCUUUCAGAAUGCAUUUCAGCUAGCCUUCUUAACAUAUACUUGGAUACAAUUUGAGGGGAAGAAGUCUUGCUUCCACAAAUACAAUGAAGCCAUUAUCAUCCGAAUUGCAACUGGGGUUGUCAUUCAGUUCCUCUGUAGUUACGUCACUCUCCCUCUAUAUGCGUUGGUUACACAGAUGGGUACGAGCAUGAAGCCCACAAUCUUCAACGAUAGAGUGGCGACGGCUCUAAAACAAUGGCACCACACGGCGAAGAAGCAAAUAAAGCAUAACAAAGGAAGUGUCACAGGCACAACACCAGAGUCAAGUAGGCCAGCAUCACCGUCGCAUGGCACGUCUCCCGUUCAUCUCAUGCAGAAUUACCGAGGCAUGCGCUCUGACGAAUACCCAACCUCUCCCAGAUUCAAGAAUGCCGACGCUACUCCUGAAAUCUGGAACGUCAAAGACUCACCUCCCGCAGAUAACGAAAUCAAUGAUGACUCUUCUUCCUCUCACCUUCCUCUGCAGCAGCAGAAGCUUGUGCACCGUGGUAGUGUAGUUGGGGCAGAGGUUUAUGAGAGAGAUGAUCAGAGUGGUGAGCCUCAGAGAUCACCAGCUCGCUCUAUCCGCACUGGCCAGCAUGAAAUCGAUAUGGGUUCACUAGAAUUCUCCUUUGCCAAGAGAUCUAGAACGUAAAAAUAUUACUUUACCUCCUUUUCUCUUCUGUUGUAUCAUAUAGAAAAUGGAUUCAUUGUAUAUUUUUUAUUUUUUUGGGUACUCUUGUACCAUAGAAUUUAAUUCGAUGAAGUUUGUUCAUA